AUGGCUGUCGAAAUGAUCGUCGAACCCAAGUGGGUGGUGCAAAACUUCGGAAAUGUCCGCAUCCUCGAUUGCUCCUGGACGUUCAAGCCAAAAGCCGACAUUGCUGAGUACAAAUCCAAGUACUACAACAAGUUCGGAGUUGGAAUGAACGAGUUGAAGAAUCCAGAAUACCUGGCCGAGCACAUCAACGGAGCCGCCCAUUUCAACUUCGACAUUGCCUACUAUCCAACAGAAGAUGAGCGUUUCGGUCUUUACACACCGGAAGAAUUCUCCGCUUACAUCAAACGUUUGGGAGUUUUCAAUGGAGAUCAUCUCAUUCUUUACGGACGUGGAAAAGACGGUGGUAUGGCUGCUGCUUCUCGUGCCUACUGGACCUUUAGAUACUACGGAUACACCCAAGUGUCUGUUCUCAAUGGUGGACUUGAAGCUUUCAAGCUUGCACAAGGAGUCGUUCAAUCUGGAGAAAGCAUGAUCUCCAGUGGAAACUUCGAAUCCAAAUCAGUUGAUAACAGCAUCCUCGCUAAGAUGGGAGAUGUUCCAUUCGAUAACUUGGCCAGUAUCAAGUAUUUGGAUGCCCGUAGCAAGGAAGAAUUCAUCGGAAAAGUUCCAAUCGGAUACCCAGACUCAAAGGCUGAGGGUGUUCGUUGCAAGGAUGCAAUUCAUUUCCCAAUCGGAGAGGUCUGUGGAGCCAAGGGAUUCAAGAAGAAGACCGACUGUGAUCAAGCAUUCGCCGCCAAGGGAAUCAAAGUCGGAGACACUGUCGUAAUUGGAUGUGGAAUCGGAGUUUCUGCUUCUGCCGUCUGGCUCGCAGCUGCCCGUUCCGGAAUCGUCGCCAAAUUGUUCAACGGAGGAGUUCACGAGUUGGCUCACAAGGCACCACAACAUCUCAACACCAAAGGAUGA